GACGGGCAAAGUUCAUGUACGCACUGGUCCACCUUUCCCAUAUUAUAUCCCAUCAUAGUCUCUUCCAAUAAAAAAAAAAAAAAGAAGAAGAGAAAACAAAUUUCUUUCUCCUCUCUCUCUCUAGAACCCUACUUUUCCAUUUCGAAGACCUAAAAUUCACCUCCGACGCGUGAGGUUCGGCGGCUACUGCAGUGAUUCCGAUGGGCCAAUCGCCCUCAAUGUUCGGGGCGUCGUCGGAGCCAGAGAUUUCUUCGAGCCGUCGAUUCAGUUUCCGACCGUCGGCAGUCAUUUCCUCUGUGGAGCAAAUUGAGGAGCCUGAGGUUUCCGAGAGCGUCUCCGGAGGAAGAGAUUACACCUUUGAUCUUCCCGACGAGUGCCUGGCUUUGGUUUUUCAGUUUCUCGGCGCCGGUGACCGGAAACGGUGCUCUCUGGUGUGCAAGCGGUGGUUUCGAGUCGACGGCCAGAACCGGUGCCGGUUGUCUCUGAAUGCUCAGUCGGAUAUUCUCCCCUUCGUUCCUUCUCUCUUCGCGCGGUUUGAUUCGGUCACAAAGCUCGCACUUCGGUGCGACCGGAAAUCGAUCAGCAUAACCGACGACGCUUUGAUCCUCAUCUCGAUCCGCUGCCGGAACCUCUCGCGCGUCAAGCUUCGCGGAUGCAGAGAGAUCACGGACGUCGGAAUGGAGGUUUUCGCUCAGAAUUGCAAGAGCUUGAAGAAAUUCUCUUGCGGUUCGUGCUUGUUUGGGUCGAAAGCCAUGAACGCCGUCCUCAUUCAUUGCAAGGCUCUCGAGGAGUUUUCGGUGAAAAGGCUUCGAGGAAUCCACGACGGCUCUGAGAUGAUCGGGACCGGCGUGGCGGCGUCGUCUCUUAAAUCCGUCUGCUUUAAGGAGCUGAUCAACGGACAGUGCUUCGAGCCGCUUUUAAUCGGAGCGAAAAAGCUCACAACCUUGAAGGUGAUUCGUUGUUUGGGAGAUUGGGAUAGAGUUUUGGAAAAGAUUGGAAGCGGAAACACUGGCUUUAUUGAAAUCCACCUUGAGAGGCUACAGGUUAGCGAUUUGGGGCUUUCGGGGAUUUCAAAAUGCUCGAAUUUGGAGGUUUUGCGCAUCGUGAAGACCCCGGAGUGUACAAAUUCCGGUCUUAUUUGCGUCGCGGAACACUGCAAGAAAUUGAGGAAGCUUCACAUCGAUGCGUGGAGGACUAAUAGAAUUGGUGACGAGGGUUUGAUUGUUGUGGCCAAACAAUGCCUUAACCUGCAAGAGCUUGUUUUGAUCGGUGUCAAUCCGACCUCAUUAGGUUUGGCAGCAGUCGCCUCCAAUUGCCAUAAGCUGGAAAGGUUGGCGCUCUGCGGCAGUGGCUCCAUAGGCGACGCAGAAAUCGCCUGCAUUGCUGCAAAAUGCGUGGCGCUCAAGAAGCUCUGUAUCAAGGGAUGCCCGAUUUCGGAUGUCGGGAUCGAAUCUCUCGCUUGGGGUUGCCCGAAUUUGGCCAAGAUUAAGGUCAAGAAGUGCAGGGGAGUGAGUGGCGGGAUUGCGGAUUGGCUUCGUGAACGCAGGGAAUCGUUGAUUGUGAAUUGGGAUGAUGGUGAAGUUGAGCGCUUGGAUGGUAAUGCUAGUGAAGUUGGAGCCCCAGAAAGUGUGGCGGAAUUUCCUCGGACGGCUGGCCAAGUAAGUGAUUCCACAGCAGCCUCAAGUAGUAAUGGUCCAUUGCAAUUGUUAAGAACAAAGUUUUUGGCUUAUAGAAAUCUAGUUCCUUGCGCCUUUAGAAGGUUCCCCAAUACUGAUACUAAUUCCAAUGAAAACUUGUAGAGAUAUCUGUGUUCGAGCUGGAAAGCUAUUUUCGCUCAAGUUGUUUAUUUCUUUGGACAGACAAUUCUUUCGUUGUUGUAUUGCCUGUUACAGGCUUCGUUUUUAUGAUCUUAUGUUGUGGAUUUUUUUGCAAUUGCCUGAAUGCUGGGCAUCUGAAAA